GUGAUUUCCUUGAUAAGCUAUUCGAUCUCCUCAAGGUCGUGCGGUCAAUACUUAUAAAGGAAUGUGUAAAUGGAUAUUGCUUUUGAAUUGGCAAAUGAAGCACUCGAAUGUAACGAAGUUCCAGUAGGAUGUGUAUUUGUAUAUCAUGGCGAAGUAAUUGCAUCCGGUCGUAAUGAAGUAAAUGCUACCGGUGAUGCUACUCAGCAUGCUGAGAUGGUAACUAUUAGACGUUUAGAACAGUGGUGUCAAAAGAACAAAAAAGAGUUUGACAAGGUUUUAACGGAAUGCGAUCUGUAUGUUACAGUAGAACCAUGUAUUAUGUGUGCUGCUGCAAUGCGGUUUACUCUUCCAGCUCAUCUAAAAAGUAUUACAUAUGGUGCUUGUAAUGAACGUUUCGGUGGAUGUGGUUCGGUUUUAAGUGUACAUAAUUCUCCUAGCCCAGUUGCUCCACUAAAUUGCAUAGCCGGCGUGGAAGCGGAAGCAGCUGUUGAACUUUUGAAAAAAUUCUAUGCUCAAGAAAAUGAGAAUGCUCCAGAAGAACUACGAAAACGUAAACGUGUGUCAUAGUUGUACUAAGUAUUAUGGAUGUUUUUUUAUCUUCAAUUGAAAUUAUAAAUAAAUGAAAAGUGAUUGUUAAAGUUGAUUUUAUUCAUUGUAUGUGACAAAUUCGAGAAAUAUUCUGAUUUUUGAUGUAAUUGAUGAACUUCGAACUGCGUUAUUCAGAAAAGUUGCAUUCGGAUCCAUUGUAUAAUGUUUACAGUACAAGAUGACUCAUAAGACAUUGGUACUACCCCCACCCUCUUCCUGUAAAAACCCCUGCGUUUUUGAUUUUGAAAAUAAAGAGUGCCGUGACAACAACCUUGUGUUCUCCCUUGGUGUGAGGUGUCGAAUUAACCCUGUGUGUUGCGAUUUUAGAUUUCCUCUGCCUUUCACUGACUGCCGAUUACGCGUGUUACAACUGGUGAUGGAGGUGCCUACAGGAAAAUUUAAAGCAAACUCAGAUGAACCCCCGGUGCUGCCAACCAGGUCAUCAACCAGCAUUUGCCCGCGUCAGCCACCCCCUUUGGAAAAUUCGUCAGAUUACGCUGCUUGGAAAUUCAGGGCGGAAGCAUACCUGCAGCAAGCGCCAGUCUCAGAACAUACUAAUUACCUUGUUUCCUUCCUGAGCGAUGAGGCGUUAAAGAAAGUAGCUGCAUUUGGCUUCUCAACAGCCAAGUCCUUACCCCAAAACUGGAAGAUAUUAGACGAUUGUUUUUCAC